GGAGAAGAAACAGGGUGACCAAGUACAACAUCAGAUUUUAUAGAAAUCAAGAAUUAAAUUAGCUAAGAAAAACUAUAAUUUAAAUUCCCCGACAUAGUAGGUUUCGGAAAUCAAUAUUAAAUUAUAGUAUUAAAAAAUUUAAUGAAAUAUUUUCCUAAAGAGCUUCAACAAGACGAAAAUGCCGGGAUUUUAUCUUCUUUAAGAAAUUGGGCAUUUCAUUGUGAAUGAUUUUUAUAUUACUGUAUGUAAAUUUCUCUUAAGAAAGGGCUCAAGAUGGCAGGCUGCUGCUUCCCCGUUAAGCUUGAGCGCCCUUUCAGAAGUUCAUCCUCUAAAAAACUCAACAAGAUUUCCUCAGAUAAAGGGUCGUCCAAGGAUCUUGUUUCAACCAUGAAGGGACCGGAAUCGGAGAAGAAUUCGCGGAUUGUUUGUUUUGGAGAGAUGUUGAUCGAUUUUGUCCCGAAUACUGCUGGAGUUUCUCUGGCUGAAGCACCUGGUUUUCAGAAGGCUCCGGGCGGAGCCCCUGCGAAUGUUGCUGUUGGAAUUGCAAAAUUAGGAGGGAAUGCGGCUUUUAUCGGCAAGGUUGGGGAUGAUGAAUUCGGACACAUGCUGGCUGAUAUUCUGAAGCAAAAUAAUGUGGAUAACUCUGGCAUGCGAUUCGACUCGCACGCCAGGACUGCGUUGGCUUUUGUGACUCUGAGAGCGGAUGGUGAACGCGAAUUCAUGUUUUACCGUAAUCCUAGUGCUGAUAUGCUGCUGAAAGAAACAGAGCUUGAUCAGAAUCUGAUAAACAAGGCAAGCGUAUUUCACUACGGAUCAAUAAGUUUAAUUCAUGAGCCUUGUAAAUCUGCUCAUCUUGCUGCAUUGGAUAUUGCAAAGAAAGCGGGUUGUAUUCUCUCAUAUGAUCCGAAUUUGAGAUUGCCACUAUGGCCAUCAGCAGAAGCUGCUCGUAAAGGAAUCAUGAGCAUAUGGAAAGAAGCUGAUAUUAUUAAGGUAAGUGAGGAUGAAAUUGAAUUUUUAACGGAAGGUGAUAAUCCAUUUGAUGAUAAAGUGGUAUUGGAGAAGCUUUUUCAUCCCAAUCUCAAGCUCUUACUUGUCACCGAAGGCUCAGCUGGUUGCCGAUAUUAUACUAAGGCAUUCAAGGGUAGAGUUGCUGGCGUUCAAGUUAAUGCAGUUGAUACAACUGGUGCAGGAGAUGCUUUUGUUGGGGGAAUAUUGAAUAAAUUGGCCUCAGACCUCAAUCUCUUUAAGGAUGAAAACAAGUUGUGGGAAGCUCUCAAAUUUGCGAACGCUUGUGGAGCCAUCACAGUUAGGGAAAGAGGAGCCAUUCCGGCUCUGCCCACAAAAGAAGCAGUUCUUGAAAUUUUGUCAAAAGAAACUGCCGCUUAACCCGCAAGAUUUGGUUAGUCAUUAUACACUAACCAGUCGCAUAUAUUUGUACUUCCUCUCAAUAUUCAUGUGUAUGCUUGAAAGUUGAAACUGCUCCUUAAAAUGAUUUUAUUUUCUCA